CUUUGCAAUGCUUCUGUUUUGUUUUCCCUUGCAUUGUCUGCAAAUUAAUCUGCUUAAAUGUAAUUGAUUUUCCUAAAAACGCAAGGACAAAUUAAGAAAUCUAUCUCCCCAAUUUUAAUGGUUGAGAAAGAGAAAACUUUGGAGUCAUGGAGGAACCAGGAGCCAUAGAGGUGACCGUGAAAACUCUGGAUUCCCAGAGCAGGACGUUCACUGUCAGGGGAGAGUGGACAGUGAAGCAGUUUAAAGAGCACAUCGCUUCUGCUGUUGAAAUCCCGGUGGAUAAGCAGAGGUUGAUCUACCAGGGUAAAGUGCUGCAGGAUGAGAGCACACUCACAGAAUACAAUGUCGAUGGGAAGGUCAUUCAUCUUGUGGAGCGAGCACCUCCCCAGAGCAGUCAGUCUGGGGAUGGAAGAUGCGGAGUUUCUGGCUCCUCAGGUACAACGGAUGGGGGAUCCACCUCCUCUCAGUCUUCCACUUUUCCAGGAACUCCACAUGACCGUAAUGCCAACAACUACGUAAUGCUGGGCACUUUUAACCUGCCUGUGAACAUCAUGAACCCACAGCAAAUACAGAUGUCAGUGCAGCAGAUGCUGGCUGGUGUUGGAGAAAUGGGGCGUAAUGUCAGAGUGAGCACCAGCACAGGAAGCAGUGGCUCUGUGGAUGUCCAUAUCAACGUGGACCAAUCAGUGCAGAGCGAGCCCAGGAUGAGGCUCCAGCUGGCUGAUAGCUUGCUGCGAGAGACACAGGCUUUAAUCCACAGACUUGAGGGUCAGUCAAGUGAACCGUCAUCUCAGCAAGAGACACCACAUCCUCAGCCAUCAUCAUCAUCAUUCUCAUCACAGCCAAUGGACAGCUCCCCACCUCCACCUUCCUCCUCAUCCUCAGCUUCACAGACAGAAGGAGCAACUCACUCUGGACCCAAUCACCCCAGCCCUUUAGAGUUGGUGGAGGUUCUGUCAGAGGUGCGAAGGGUGGAGGAGCGCCUCCGUCCAUUCAUGGAGAGAACACAUUCCAUACUUGGAGCGGCCAAUUCCGCUGACUACAAUAACAAUACUCAAGAACGAGAGGAGGAUCAGCGCACUCUCAAUUUGAUUGGAGAGUCACUCCAUCUCCUUGGCAACACAUUGGUGGCUCUGAGUGACCUCCGAUGCAAUUUAUCAGCUCAGCCACCCCGCCACUUACAUGUGGUACGGCCCAUGUCUCACUACACCUCCCCUGUUGUGCUGCAGAGUGGACCGCCCCAUAUUCCCAUUCCAAUGAACCUGGGCUCCACUAUGACCAUGACGGCAAACAGCAGACAGACAAGCGAGGGUCAGGCCCAAACCUCACAGCCCAGCAACCAAUCAGAGCCUCAGGGUCAGGCACCUCCUCCUCCACCGAAUGGAGCCAGUCAACAGACGGGUCACGGUCAGGGGACUCCAAGAGUGAUCAGAAUCACUCACCAGACCAUGGAGCCAGUGGUCAUGAUGCAGAUGAACCUGGAUGCAGAUUCAGACAGUGGAGCGCAGGGCCAAAGGCAACAGAACCCCAGAGCUGCUGGAGAGACUGGCACCACAGCACCCAUCCAUGUACCAGGACUGCCACCGGAGUUCAUGCAGGCCAUCAUUCAUCAGAUCUCCCAGCAGGCUGUCGCCAUGGCAACCGCAGCCUCUGCCGGACACCAGGGGCAGCAGCAGGGCACUGCAGGCACAGGUGCCCAGAGUGCAGACAGCCCGGCUCCUCCGCCACCUCAGGCCAGGGUGGUCAUCACACGGCCCACCUUAUCUCCACGCAUCCCCCAACCAGUGAGCACCAGAGGGACCACCAUCAACCUGCAGGCAACAGUGCCCCCAUCAGCAGGACAACAGACUAACCAAGGCAACCCUAUGACGUCCUCUCCUCUCACACAGAUGGUCAGUGGUUUGGUAGGGCAGCUUUUGAUGCCAUUGCACACAGGCGACCAGACGUCCACUACCUCAUCGUCCCAUUCCUUCUCUUUCUCUACCUCCACAGCUACCCCUUCCUCCUCCUCUAUCUCCUCCUCCACUGCUCCUCCAUCCUCUACCAACACAUCCGGUCAGACGUCCACCCACACCACCAGUACGGCGUCCAUGGGUCAGUCCCAGGAGGGCGGCCCAGGAGAUAACCUAGCUCAGCUGCUGGGCUCACUUUUGGGAGGGUUUGCGGGAGCUGGUGGAGGGGUGUCUGGAGGUCCUCCCUCCAUUACAGUGACUGUUCCAGGCGUCCCUGCAUUUAUCCAGGGCCUGUCUGAGUUCAUUCAGUCUGGCCAGCCUGUGUUUCCUCCACCAAACCAGCAGCCUCCACCCUCACAAGCCACACCCUCUGCCCCUUCAGGAGCUGCCCACACUACCGCCCCUCAGCCUCCCAGUGGAGGUGGAGAGACCCUCAGCCCUGAGCUUUUCACAGGCAUCGUGCAGGGCGUCCUGUCCACAAUGAUGGGUUCUCUGGGUGCUGGUCAAGGCAACACUGAGAGCAUCGCCCAGUUUAUUCAGAGACUUUCCCAGACCAGCAACCUCUUCACUCCUGGAACUGGAGAUGCAGUGGGGUUCUUUGGAGAUCUGCUCUCUCUGGUGUGUCAGAGUUUCUCAAUGGUAGACAUGGUUCUGCUGCUACAUGGUAAUCCUCAGCCUCUGAGCCGCGUCCAGCCCCAGCUCACGGCCUUCUUCACUGAGCACUAUCUGCAAGGCCUAGAGCCCACCGAUGCCAACAUAGCUAGUGCUGCUGAGGAUCUGAUCAAUGGACUAGAAGAGUACAUUGCAGAGAGUUUUUCCACUGUGACUGUUCGCUUGGGAGUGGACAUCAUCCAAACCAACAUAUCCUUCCUGAGACAACAGUUCACUCGCAUGGCUACUCACAUUCUACGCUGUACAGAUAACACAUUUGGCCAGCGCUUGCUGCAUAUGUGCACCCAGGGUCUGUUUGAGUGUUUGGCUCUCAAUCUCUACUGCUUAAGGGGAGAGCAAAGAGCUUUAACCACUGUCAUCAACCACCGAAUUAGGAGAAUGUCAGCUGAAGUGAACCCCAGUCUGGUGAACUGGUUGACCAGUAUGAUGUCCAUGAGGCUGCAUGUGAUUUUAGAGCACAAUCCAGUCAGUGAAGACCAGAUCCAGCAUUACGUCCUCUAUACGCAGAGCGAGUCGUCUCAAAGAAUAGAGUCAGACGCACAUGCAAGCCAGCAAUCAGAUAACAUGAGCGUUGAGAUGGAAGAGGGUCUGUCUCCUGCUCCUGCCACCACUGCAGAGGAAGUCAUGGCAUCCUCAGGAGACACUACUGACGGUGAUGAACCACCUGGCAGGCCAUUGUUAGAGGAGACACGAGGAGCAGUAGCCAUGGCACCCGUAGACAGGGAGGAGUCAAUUGGAGAGGCGGAGCCAUGGGCAGCAACUCUUCCACCUGAGUGGGUACCCAUCAUAAGACAUGACAUGUUGACCCAGAGGAAGAUGAAAGCACAGCCGCCUCUGUCUGAUGCUUAUCUGCAUGGGAUGCCAGCUAAGAGGAGGAAGACCACACAGGGGGAGGGUCCUCACCUCUCUCUCUCUGAGGCUGUGAGUCGAGCUGCCAGGACAGCAGGGGUGCGACCUGUUACUGCCCCAGAUAGCCUACAGGGGGAGCUGGAGGCAUCAGAGCUGCAGGAAGCUUAUACACAACAGGUGAAGAGUGAUAUAAAGAAACGACUGAGUGAUGAUCCAGACUACAACCACCAGCGGUUUCCCAACACUCACAGAGCUUUUUCUGAGGACUCCUAACCCAACAGCUCGGUUUACUCUGUCUUGUCAUCUGUCGAACAUAGUCAUCAUGACCAUGACGUCUCGAAGAACGGCCAAUAGCGUCUCGUGCAUUGAGGGGUUCCAGCUGUUUUGAAAUCGGCGACAGACACAUAUCUCAGAUGUCUGCCAUAGUCAAAUGUGUGGAUAGUGGCUAAAUAUAGAGCCGGUGAACUAGACCGGCCAUGGAGGCAGAAGAAACUAGACUUUCUUUCCACUACGUGGCAUCCAUUUGUCGGAAACAGCAUCUUAUAAUCUUAGUAGAUGUCAAAACGUUCAGUUUUAAUCUGACAGGAUUCAUAUAUGCCCCUGUCCAUUGUAAAUUAGCUCUACAUUGUUGUAAUAAGUUGUUUUAAUAAUGACGAUAAUAUCAGGCACAUAUACAUGAAGAAAACGUAAUUCGUUCCAGCUUGACCUGCUCAGUGUGUAGAGGAGAUGCCGAGAUUGAUGUUUACAAGCUCCAGACAUGUUGAACAAGAUUAGAUAGAUGUACAGCACUGCACAUUCGUCACUGAGGACUGGAAGAGUUUUAGUCAUAGUGAAUGCCAUACAGCUGUUAUUUGUAAGUAUUUCUUGCAUGCCAAAAACAUCUGGUUGGCUCCAUCAUGUUGUUCAUGAAUGUGGCUGUUACAAAAUAAAUGGUUCUAGUUUUAAAGAAACGGCCGGCUGUGUCUGCCUCCAUAUGUUUGGCCACUUACAUUAAAGAAACCUCUUUGCUAUGGUUUA